AUGAGUUCGAGUUCCAGCAAUGCAGACGCAGUGAAGGGUGGAUAUUGGGCAGAGGCCGGUGGUCUAAGCGCGAAUCAAAUCCAUUCAGAGCAUUUCACUCAUCUCUUUGCUGCAUUUGCUACACUUAAUCAAAACAAUACAAUUUCACUUAGUGGUGAAAUUGCUGAAUUUCCUAAAAUUGUGAAACAAAGGAACCCAAACGUAAAAGUGCUUCUAUCGUUAGGAGGAGCAGCCAUUGAUUCAAAUGUAUUCAACAAUAUGGCUCGCGAACAGAUUACUCGAAUGAUCUUUAUUAGAUCUACAAUAGACCAAGCUCUAAAAUUUAAGUACGAUGGAAUUGACUUGGAUUGGGAGGGACAGAGUCGUAUAGACGAAAUGAAUAACUUGGGACAACUGAUCAUUGACUUCCGGGCGGAAAUCAGACAUAGGGGUCUGAAUUUGCUGUUAACUGCUGCUCUUUUUUAUAGAGCAACUGUACCAUGGGGUGAGGGCAACCCAAGAUUCCCCGUACAAGCCAUUAACGCUAACCUAGAUUGGGUUAAUGUCAUGUCUUAUGACAUUAAUCUUCCCAACAACGAAGAUAGAGUCGCUAAGCCCCAUGCUCCACUUAAGUCACCAUCACAAAUAGUUAAUUCCGGAAGUGCUGGGAUUCAGUCUUGGAUAAAUGAAGGUUUGUCUCCUGCAAAGAUUGUGUUUGGAUUGCCCUUUUAUGGGCAUGCUUGUAAGCUCGUAAAUGCCCACAGUCAUGGUAUUUUAGCUCCUAUAAUCGGUCCAGAUACUUCUGCGUUCGGUGCAUCCACAGUCAGCUAUGAUGGCCUAAGGACAUUUAUUGAACAGCAGGGUGCUGCUCAUCAAUACGAUGAAAACUAUGUUACGGACUACUGCUAUAAGGAUCAGGUUUGGGUUUCUUAUGAUGACAUAAGCUCCAUUUCUACUAAGGUUAUAUAUGCCAGGGAAAUGGCCUUGCGCGGCUAUUUUGCGUGGUGUCUGCACCAAGACCAUAACUGGGAUCUUUCUAGAGAAGCUUCACAGGCAUGGAAUCAACCUAAUUAA